GUCGUGCCACUGGCUGAUUACUAUUCGUAGGAAGUAGACUUGCAGGUUUAAACAGUUCGCUUACGGUUGUAUAAAACAAACAUUUGUCCUUGAAUUUGCCUUAUUUAUUUAAGGUAUUUGUUUUUAAAUUAAGAAAAUGUACCUAGAAUCUACUCAAUUGAUCAACUUUUAAAAAUAAAAAUUGUGCAGCCAUCUAUCUUGUGCAAGUUAGAUGACAAUGAGUGAUGCCACUAAUUAUACUUAAACAUGUCAACAUUAGUAUUGGCUACUGAGUUCCAAAACGACGGUAAAUGACCUUCAAACUAGCACAAGUCAUCCAACAAAUUGGCACACAUAGAAAACAUUAAACAUUUAUUUUUAGCGAAGUUGGUUUGUCCAACAAAGAUAUUGCAUUGAUUAAACAAAUAAAAAGCCGAUAAAUGAUUCUAACCGAAAUGAACAUUUCACGGUCAAGUUUAAGGUCGAUUAAAGAAAAGUUUGCGUGUCAAUCUACUAUCUAGCGAAGCAUAAAUCCAUACGAGACCUGGCGGCGCGUCACCGCUAGGCAAUGAAUUAAUUCGUCCAAUUUGGGCUUCUGAUAGUUGAUGCUCGACCGCUGAAAAAAUGCGACCGUUUUGACCCCACCUUCACGGCUUUCGGUUUUUUUUAAGUCAAUGCAGCUACCCCACAGUACAGAAUCUCAAACAGUUCCGUUCAAUGUUAGCCUCAGUCUUUUUCCGGAGCUCGCGAUCGUCGGACGCUCAAAGAAGAUCGAAUCGGUUCUGCCCACCACAAUGGCGGGUAUCUUUCGUGCAAAGUUUGUGGUCCUUGUGCUAUUGAUAGUACAAAAUGUAGGCGCCGACAGUGCGGAACAAAACUUGGUAAUGGGCGAAGGUUCUUUCGAAAACUUGAACGAUUUCGAAAAACAGUCCAACGUGGACUCUAUCAACGAUGAUUUUCUCAGUGAAACGAAAGGACGUUACAAGGCGAAGAACAUUCUAAACCAGUACGAUUUUGUGAUAGUUGGCUCGAGUCCUGCGGGGUGUGUUUUGGCAAAUAGACUGUCCGAGAAUCCCGAGUGGAAAGUGCUACUGUUGGAGGCUGGAGAGCGGGAAAAUUUGUUCGUGAAGAUUCCGGUGUUUGCGGCAUAUUUUCAGUCCACCAGCUAUACCUGGAACUACCUAGCUGAGCGACAAAACUAUUCUUGCCGGGGAAUGGAAGACCAACGGUGCGGAAUGCCGCGUGGCAAGGGCCUAGGAGGAUCAACGCUCAUCAACUACAUGAUGUACGUUCGCGGAAAUCGUGACGACUUCGAUCGCUGGGCCACACAGGGAAAUCCGGGAUGGUCAUUUGACGAUGUUUUGCCUUACUUUAAGAAAUCGGAGAGAUCCUUGCUGGGCACCAAAAACGGAUACCACGGUACAAGCGGACCAUUAGAUGUGAGUUACGUGCCUUUCAAGUCGGAGAUGGCUCGAGGUUUCGUCUCAGCUCUGCAAGAACUGGGGAUGCCUUUGGUAGAUUACGACGGAGAAAAUCAACUCGGAGUUUCGUUUUUGCAUGCAAACCUUAGGAACGGCCAACGUUUGUCUGCCAGUACGGCUUUUCUCGAACCGGUCGAGCAACGACCGAAUCUUCACAUCUUGACUGGUUCAAGGGUCACUAAAGUCUUGAUUGAUCCUAGAACAAAAGCGGCCUAUGGGGUCGAGUUCAUACGCAAACGAUCGCGAUACGCAGUGAUAGCAAAGAAAGAAGUGAUUUUGUCUGCAGGAGGUCUUCAAACACCACAACUGCUGAUGCUCUCCGGAGUCGGACCAAAGGAACAGUUGAAAAAAGUUGGAAUACCUGUGAUCCAAGAUUUGCCCGUGGGAAAAGUUUUGUACGACCAUAUUUACUUUACCGGAUUGACAUUCCGAACAAACACCAAGCAUCUUACUCUGAACGUAGACCGGCUUCUUACGUUGAGUGCAAUAAGUCAAUAUUUACAAGGGAACGGAACAUUGACUAUACCCGGAGGAGUAGAAGUGCUUGGUUUCAUAAAUACUCUCAACACAAGUCGCGACGCGGUUCCGGACAUUGAACUUAUCUUCGUUAACGGAUCGCCUGGCUCGGAUCAUGGCAGUGGCAUACGCAGAGGACUUCGGCUAAGCGACGAAACUUACGAGCGCUACCUACCUCUGGAAUCAGGCGACAUCGAUACUUUCACUGUCAAUCUGGUACUGCUACAUCCCAAAUCCAAAGGAUACAUGGAACUCAAAAGUGACAACCCCUUCCAGUGGCCUAAGUUUUACACCAACUUUCUCAAGGAAGAGGAAGACUUGGAGACACUGGUGCGUGGCAUCAAACGUGUGAUCAACAUUGUUGACACCCCCGCGAUGAAGCGUUACGGUGCGCGUCUUCACAACAUUCCAAUGAGGGCGUGUGCUCUUCUAGGGCACGGCACCGACGACUAUUGGAGGUGUGCACUGCGCACUCAAGCUACCUCGAUGUACCACCAAACUGCCACCUGCAAAAUGGGCCCUGAAUCGGAUCUGGAAGCUGUCGUCUCUCCCCAGCUGAGGGUGUACGGAAUCUCGAAUCUGCGAGUGGCCGACGUCAGUAUAGUUCCGGUAACGCUUAGCGGACACCCGGCGGCGCUGGCGUACAUGAUCGGCGAAAAACUGGCCGAUAUGAUGAAGGAGGAGUGGACGAAGUCAAGAUGAGACAGAAUGUAUAUAAGAGAGUAGUAAAACUAGCAGUUUUUUUUUGUGUGUUUUAUAGUACGGCUACCUUUUAGUGCCCUCAGUGAGAUGUUCAUCUAACUGUGCAUUACCUGUAAAUAGACGAGAGAUAAAAGAGAUUAGCACAAAUUUCUGCAAGGCUGAAUUUUAUUUUAACAUGAAAAAAGUAUCUUAUGUUAAAAAACGAAACAGUAAUCUU